AUGGUGGUCAAUGACUUGGCCGACAAGGUAGGGUUGAGCACAACGGUGCCUUAUCAAGGAUGGUUUGACACUGAUAAACAGAUUGGUGGAUGGACAGAAGCUUAUGGUGAGAUGCUGGUGUACGCUUACAUCAGAGGCGGAUCGACUAAGGUUGCCAUGAGAUCGCUGUCACUGUUGAGAUCGUUUCUAGUGAGGAAGCCAUUACCAGUGUCGAAAGCUUGA